CAGCCCUUUCAUUACAGCUUUUUAUGAUAAUGAUAUUCUAAUGAACAGCUGUAUGCGCUAGUAGUACGAGCAUGCGCAGUGCGUGAAAAGAAUACGGCGAAGAUUCAAAGUUUUUGUUCAGUUUUUUUUGCAAUAACACUGAACAAGGAAAAGACUAUGUUUGGCUUUCACAAGUCAAAGAUCUACCGGAGUAACGACGGCUGUUGCAUCUGCAAGACCAAGUCCUCCAGUUCACGCUUCACAGACAGCAGUCGAUAUGAAGAGACGUUCAGGCUCUGUUUCGGGCUGUCAGAGGAUCGCGUUGGAGACAUUUGCAAUGCCUGUGUGUUACUGGUGAAGAGGUGGAAGAAGUUGCCUCAUGGCUCCAAGAAGAACUGGAACCAUGUGGUGGAUGCCAGAGCUGGGCCAGGCUUCAAGGUGACAAAACCAAAGAAGAUCAAGAACAGUGAUGGCAAGAAGAAAAGCAAGCUUAAGAAGCUUCACAAGUUAAAGAGACAAAACUCUGAUGCCCACAGCACAACCUCCAGUGCGUCUCCUGCGCAGUCACCCAGUUACAGCAACCAGUCAGAUGACGGCUCGGACAUUGAGUCCAAACAAAGGCGCUCAAAUCCCUCCAUCUUCUCUUUCCUGGACCGUUCAUACUGGAAAAGGCAAAAAGUGUGCUGUGGCAUUGUCUACAAGGGGCGCUUUGGAGAGGUGAUUAUUGACCCUCGACUCUUCAAGCCCUGCUGCAGUUCCAAAAAACAGAAGACUCUGACGUCCUCACAAGUGGCCGGACACCUUCCAGAGACGCUUCCUCCGCAGCUCCCGGCAGACGUGAAAGAAAACUGGUGAUUGCUUUUAUUGACCCAUUGACUCCCCCUGUAGGGUUAUCCAUGGCAUCCGCCUGGAAUUGUCUCCAGUGGCAGACCUCCCCUUACCACUCCUCCAGUUAAAUCUAUUAGUUAGAUGUUUCAUUUCCAUGUAAUGUUCUUUUUUUUAUAUAUGGGUAUUUUUUAAAAUUUUUGUAUAGAGUAAAUUUUCUCUCUCCCUCUCUCUUUCUUUUUUUUAAAAAAUAGAAAAACAAAGAAAAAACGUACGGGCAUUAGUGUUAUUUAUAGGAUGAGAAAGAAAAUUUUGUUGAGGCUCCGUUUCUGAUUCUGAUUUAUUUUUGGUUAUUUUGUACUGAGUGAUCAACAUUGUGUAAAUAAUUUGUCACCUUUUUGUACUUAUCAGGACUGUUCUAUUUUUUUAUUUUCACAAUUUGUUCAUUUGUAAUUGUGUUUAUGAAAAACACCAGCUAUUCUAAUGCCAGCUUUUUGUGUGUGUUGGAGUGGCUCUUCAACAUGUUGCUGCGAUGUUUUGUCUCAUCUCUUUGCUCCAUAUGUGCAAGUAUGAGAGUCUGUAGGAUUUUUAAUGCACAAAUGGCUGUUGGCUACACCAGGGAUCAUUAAUACAACUGUUCUCUAUGAAUUUAAUGAGCUUUUAAUAUGUGCGUGUGUGUGUGUGUAUAGAUGAGAAUGAAUAAUCUCUGAUAUUUUUCACAGCUUAAGCAUGCCACAGGUUUGAAAUGCUCCAUGCAUGCAGUACAUUCCUCUGCCUUCUGCAAUGAACACGUGAUAGAAGUGAUUUUUUUAUUUAUUUCUUUUGUACAGCCACCAAUGAAUUGACAAUGCAUGUUGUAAAGCAAGUGUUUUUAAAAUGGGUUUUGUAAAUACACAUCGUUUUGGCUCUGGAUACAUCUGAACCUUUUUAAAUUACAAAAUGGCAAACCACUA